GUGGGCAUCCCUGUCUGGUGCCAGUUUUCAAUGGAAAUGCCUCCAACUUUUCCCCAUUCAAUAUGAUGCUGGCCUUUGGUUUAUCAUAGACUGCCUUAAUUGUGUUGAGGAAUGUUCCUUCUAACCCCAAUUUGCUUAGGGUUUUCAUCAUGAAAGGGUGUUGUAUUUUGUCAAAUGCUUUCUCGGCAUCUAUUGAGAUAACCAUAUGAUUUUUGUUUCUCAAUUUAUUAAUGUGAUGUAUUACAUUGAUUGACUUUCGAAUAUUGAACCAUCCCUGCAUACCAGGGAUAAAUCCCACUUGGUCCGGGUGAAUGAUCUUUCUGAUGUGUAGUUGGAUUCGGUUUGCCAGAAUUUUAUUGAGUAUUUUUGCAUCUGUGUUCAUCAGGGAGAUAGGUCUGUAGUUUUCUUUCUCUGCUGUGUCUUUUCCAGGCUUAGGAAUUAAGGUGAUAUUGGCUUCGUAGAAGGAAUUUGGAAGGAUUCCCUCUCUUUCAAUCAUUUGGAAUAAUUUGAGAAGAACUGGGGUUAGUUGUUCUCUAAAUGUCUGGUAAAAUUCGGCAGUGAAGCCAUCCGGUCCUGGGCUCUUCUUUUUCGGUAGUGCGUUUAUUACUGAUUCAAUUUCUUCCAUGGUUAUGGGUCUGUUUAGAUUUUCUAUAUCUUCACGGCUCAGUUAAGAAUGUUGUAUUUGUCCAGGAAUCUAUCCAUUUCUUCCAGGUUCCCCAAUUUGUUAGCAUACAUCUCUUUGUAGUAGUUUCUGAUGAUUCUUUUUAUUUCUAUUGUGUCUGUUGUUACAUUUCCAUUACUAUCUUUGAUUUUACAGAUUUGGGUCUUCUCUCUCCUUUUUUUGGUUAGUUGGGCCAAUGGUGUGUCGAUUUUGUUUAUUUUUUCAAAGAACCAGCUCCUGGUUUUGUUGAUCUUCUGUAUUUUUUUUUUGGUUUCAAUUCUGUUUAUUUCUUCUCUGAUCUUUAGUAUUUCUUUCCUCCUUUUGGAUUUGGGCUUGAUUUGCUGCUGUUUUUCUAGAUCCUUGAGGUGCAUGGAGAGUUCAUUUGUUUGGUUCCUUUCCAGCUUCUUGAUGUAGGCACUAAUUGCUAUAAACUUUCCUCUUAGCACUGCUUUUGCUGUGUCCCACAGGUUUUGAUAGGUUGUGUUAUCAUUUUCAUUUGUUUCUAGAAAUCUCUUGAUUUCUCUUUUAAUUUCUUCGAUGACCCACUGUUCAUUUAGGAUCAUGUUGUCCAUUCUCCAUAUAUUUGCAUAUGGUGUAGAGAUUCUUGGGUUGUUGAUUUCAAGUUUCACUGCUCUAUGGUCUGAGAAGCUGCAUGGUAUAGUUUCAAUUUUUUUGAAUUUGUUGAGGCUCCCUUUAUGGCCUAGUAUAUGGUCAAUCCUAGAGAAUGUUCCAUGUACUGGGGAGAAAUACGUGAACUCUGUGUCUGUAGGGUGGAGGGUUCUGAAGAUAUCUAUUAGGUCUAUUUGUUCUAUGGCGUCAAUUAGCUCAGUUGUUUCCUUGUUGAAUUUCUGUCUGGUUGAUCUGUCCGUUGAAUGCCCUCUAAGAUAAACUCUGUAUCAGAGUUGUAAGGUUAUUUUGGCUUUAAAGGGAAGAGCUUUUCUGCUAAAUUCAAGCUUCUGUAGUUACAUGAAUGGCUGUGACCAUAAUGUUUUUCUUGUCAUGUGCUGGACGUUGAACUUAUUGUGCUGUUAACUCUUCUUUCUCAUGACAAUCAGUGUCAGAGUUAGGAAAAAAGCCAGGCCAAACAGUUCACACUUGUUUGCUGAUCUGUGGGGCAUCACAGCUACAAAAUUACGUUUUUUUGUUUUUUGUUUUUUGGGGUUUUUUUACAGGCAGAGUGGACAAUGAGAGAGAGACAGAGAAAAAGGUCUUCCUUUUGCCGUUGGUUCACCCUCCAAUGGCCGCUGCAGCCGGUGCACCACGCUGAUCCGAAGCCAGGAGCCAGGUGCUUCUCCUGGUCUCCCAUGCGGGUACAGGGCCCAGUCACUUGGGCCGUCCUCCACUGCACUCCCAGGCCAUAGCAGAGAGCUGGACUGGAAGAGGGGCAACUGGGACAGAAUUUAUUUGUUCAAUGUACAGAGACAUUGGUGCUUAGUUGGCAAUUCUGGGUGUUUGUGUUGUGGGUAUUGAGUCAACUGCUUGCUCUCCAAUGGUCAGUAAGGUAAGGGGAAGGCAGGCAUGACCCAAGUUCAAAGGUCUGGCAAGUUGCCCAGUGGAGAAUGGAUUGGAGUGGGGUGAAGAGCAGCAGUGUGAUCUGCAGUCAUCAGGGCAGAGGGGUAGAAGUGAGGAUGGAGAGAAGCAAAUAGACCCAGUGCUAUUUUGAAGGUAGCAACUCAAUCUCUAAGUCAUCGGUAAGUUUUAAAGGGAGAAGAUCAAGAUCAAGAAUGGGUUGUUACACUGGCUUGAUCAACUGAAUAUAUGGAAAAAAAGACUUUAUUAAAGGAGGAAAAAUUGAAGAAGAGGCUGAUUCAGUGAGGGAACAGGACAUGAUUUUAAUCUCACUAUAUCUGAGGUAACUGUGGGCUAUCAAAGUGGAGAUGUCAUAUAUGUACUCAGAUCUACAAGAUUGAUAUGACCAUCGCAAGAGAAUUUGGGGCUGGAAAUAUAAAUUUGGGAAUUGUUGCCAUUUGGAUAGUAUUUAAAGACAUAAGUACUGACAACUUUAUCUAUGAAGAAAGCAUAAAUGCAUAAGAGAGAGCUCAGAAUGAACCCUAAGGAACUGUGCUAAUUACAGGUCAGAUUGCCGUGGAAGGACCAGCAAAGAAUGAACAUCUGAGAAGCUGUAGACAAACCAGGAGAACAAAUGCUAUGGAGACAAGUAAAGAGAGCAUUAAAAAAAGGGUUCAUGAAAAGCACUGAACACUGCACACAGAUCUAGCAAAUGAGGAGUGAAAUCGCCAUGGGAUUGGAAACAUGGCUGUCCCAUUGAUCUCAGCAACAAUAGCUUCGGAGGAAUGGCCAAAGCUGAAGCCAGCUGGCACCAGGUUAAUGACUGAGAGCUAUUCAUUGCAGUCUCUUUUGAAUUGCCAGACUCGGUGCAUUGAGGCAACAAUUCCUCCCCAGUCAGUCUUUUUUUUUUUUUUUUCUUACAGGCAGAGUGGGAGAGAGAGAGAGAGAGGUCUUCCUUUCCGUUGGUUCACCCUCCAAUGGCCACUGAGGCUGGUGCACUGCGCUGAUCCGAAGCCAGAAGCCAGGUGCUUCCCCCUGGUCUCCCAUGCGGGUGCAGGGCCCAAUCACUUGGGCCAUCCGCCACUGCACUCCUGGGCCACAGGAGAGAGCUGGACAGGAAGAGGAGCAACCGGGACAGAAUCCGGUGCCCCGACCAGGACUAGAACCCGGUGUGCUGGCACCACAGGCGGAGGAUUAGCUUAUUGAGCCACAGCGCCGGCCCCAAGUCAGUCUUUAAAUACAGCUUGAAUCCCCCCAGAUUUCAACAUGGCAUUCUAUGGAACCUGAAAAAUGAAUUCUAAAAUACUUUUUGAUUAUCAAAGGUCUAAGUAGUCUAGACGGCAGUGAAGAAAAGAACAAAGCAAAUUGUGUGUUAGAUAUCAGCAUUUUUAAUUAACAUUAACUAUAAUGUGUAUUAUUCUUAUAUGGGAUAGACACUAUGGAAGAAAUCAGAGAGCUCAGACAUAGACCUAGAGGCAGGCUUACAUAUCAGCACAGGCUCUGCCUUGGGAAGGUCAGAAAUGGUAGGAACGUGAACCAGUGGUAUGGUGGGGUUGGAGGCUUGAGCAACACAAAUUUUUGGGCGGGGAUAGCAGGGUGGGAACUGUGUAUGAUCAAGCUCUUGUGCUGAAUAUGGUUUGAGAUCUGGUGGGGAAGAGUCUCCUAGGGAACAGUGAAUUCUUGGGCCUGGCUACACAAGGUGGCAUUGGCCUCUCCUGCAGCUGCUGCCUCCCUCACAGUAGGCCUCACCACUCUGGUUUUGAGCCACAGGCUUGACAGGAGAUGUAAGUGAAGAUUUCAGACUUUUCCAUGUAUCAUAAUAGGUCAUAGUAGCAAAGCAGGGCAGGUGUAUUUUCCUGUUGUUUGACUUUUCUUGGAUUCAAAUAGCUUUUCCUAGAAAUUGGGCCCCAGAUCAACAGUCAGCCCCUUGCAGGUUGUUGAUAAGAAAGCCUUGACAGCCAGCGCCGCGGCUCACUAGGCUAAUCCUCCACCUGCUGCACUGGCACUCUGGGUUCUAGUCCUGGUCGCGGCACCAGUUCUGUCCCAGUUGCCCCUCUUCCAGUCCAGCUCACUGCUGUGGCCUGGGAAAGCAGUGGAGGAUGGCCCAAGUGCUUGGGCCCUGCACCCGCAUGGGAGACCAGGAGGAAGCACCUGGCUCCUGGCUUCGGAUCAUUGCAGUGCACCGACCAUAGCAGCCAUUUAGGGGGAGGGGGGGUUGUGAACCAAUGGAACGAAGAUCUUUCUCUGUCUCUCUUUCUCAAUUUCUAACUCUUCCUGUCAAAAAAAAAAAAAAACAAAAACAAAAACAAAAACAACCUUGACAAUGUUGCAAUGUUGCUGUCAGUUCUAAACUCAGAUCUCCUCCAAACUGUGCUUUUGGCUGGCAGGUGCUGUGAAUGUUUGCAGUCAUGGCAACUCCCGAAAAAGUUGCCCAGUGACUUGGUGUCCUACAUAUCUUAUCCAGGGCAUAUUUCUUUUAGUGUUUAUUAAUCUAUUUUCAUCUACUUAAAAGAGCAACAAAGAGUUGCAGCAGCAGGUUCCACCCACUGGUUCACUUCCCAAAUGCCCACAACAGCCAAGGUUGGGCCAGUCUGGAGCCAGUAUCCUGAAACUCCAUCCAUGUCUCCUACAUGGAUGGCAGAGGCCUAGGCACUUGAACUACCAUCUGCUAACUCCCAGGUUACAUUAGCAGGAAGUUGGAUUAGAAGCAGAGCAGUCAGAACUCAAAUGCACUCAGAUGUGGGAUGCAGCCUUCCCAAGUGCACUUCCCAAGUUCUGCACCACAACACCCACCAAUAUCUGAGGACAGGAUCUGACUUACAUUCUGCCCCCCGGAAACCUUUUAUUUAAGGAAUACAAAAUUCAUGCUUUUCAUAAAUACAACUUUAGGAACAUAGUGAUUCUUCCCAACAUACCUGCCCUCCCACCCUUCUUCCUCCUCCCUCUCCUAUUCCCAUUCUUAUAUUUUACUAAGAUCUAUUUUCAAUUAACUUUAUACACAUAAAAUUAACUCUAUACUAAGUAGAGAGUUCAGUCUUGCAUCUCAAAUAUCAUGUACUGAAUAAGGCUACUCGUGAAGUGUAAUAACUUUGUUUUCAGUUUUUACAUUCUGUUUGAUGUGAUCAAUUUUCAUAUACCUUUCUUUUUCCCUUCCUUUUCUUUUUUUAAAAAAAAAAAAGCUUAUUUAUUUGAAAAUAAUAAAAAGUAGGGGGGAAGGGGAAGAGAGAUCUUCUAUCUGCUGGUCACUCUUCAAAUGCCCACAACAGCCAGGGCUAGACCAGGCCAAAGCCAGGAGCCAGGAAACCCCAUUCAGGGCUCCCGAGAGCCCAAGGACUUGGACUUUCAUCUGCUGCCUUCCCUGAGCAUCAUCAGGAAGCUCUAUCAAAGGCAUGGAGUAGCCAAGACUUGGGCCAGGCACUCCAAUACAGGAUGCAGGUGGUGGCUUCAGCCUGGUACACUACAACGUCCACCCCCUUCCUUCUUUUCUUAACACUGUUCAAAAUUUUUAAACAGUAUUACCUUUUCCCCAGUCUUACAACUUAAGUGGGAAAAAUGUAAACCCUUUUUAGUUUGUGUACGCAUGUUUCAAUGUUUUCAAGGGUCUUUUUUUCUGUUGGGUGAUAAUGUCAAUUCAAGAGUGAAAUUCAGGAGGCAGACACAAUCUGGGCUCGGUUUUGAGAGUCCAGAGUAACGGUAGCACUAUUCAGGAAUAAGGUGUGAUGUACCUGAGGGGUAUUAAUUGGAACUAAGUUUUAAAUUUGGAAGGCACUGGUGUAUAAAUGAUAUUUCACACCUGGUAUGGGGUAAAAUUAUGUUACUGAAGAGAGUGUAGAUAGAGAAGGAGAGGGAGCCCAAUAUUGAGACUUUGGCACUUGAACUCCAUAGGCUGAGAAAGGCAAUGCAAAAAAAAAAAAAAUUCUAGCUCAGGGUUGAAGAAUGCAUUAGAAUUCUAAAUCUGAGAGUCUUCAAUAUAGAGGAAGUGUCUGAAGCCAUGGGAAUAAAUGAAUAUACUUUUAAUUAGUUUAAGUUAGAUAUAGUAACAAAUAUCUCCAAAACUUCAGUUGCUUAAACCACAAAGAUUUAUUUUUAUCUCCUAGUUCAUGAGGUUCCUGCAUAUCAUUCACAUCUAGGCUGAUGGUAUAGCUGCCAACUGGAAAGUUACCAAUUAAGUGGCGUCCAGUGAAAAUGAUAGGUGUCACUCCUCAUAUUUCAUGGCCAGAGGAAGUUAAUUGUCCACAUGUUGCUUCAGUGAGGCCAGGAAUUGCAGUUCUUCCAAGUGGCUGGAAGUAGAACAAAAAGGAGAUACUAAUGAACAUUUAACAAAAAUUCAAAGAUUUGUUUAUUUAUCCAAAAGGCAGAGUGAUAGAAAGACAGGGAGAGAUAGAGAAGUGACAGGGAGGAUCAUUUAUCCAUCCACUAGUUUACUCCCUAAAUGCCUGCAACAGCCAGGGCUGGACCAGGCCAAUGCCAGGAUCCAGGAACUCCAUCCUGGUCUCCCGUGUGGGUGUCAGGGGUUCAAAUACUUGGGGCAUUGUCUGCUGCCUCUCAAGGUGCAUUAGCAGGAAGAUGGAUCAGAAGCAGAGCACCAGGAUUCAAACCAGUACACCAAUAUGGGAUGUCAUCGUCACAAAUGGCAUCUUAACCUACUGUGCCACAUACCCACCCCAUUAGUGAACAGUUUUAGCACCCAUCACAAUCUAUCCUUCUGGACCCCAAAUAUUUGAUUCAUUCUUUUUUUCUACAAAUAUCAAAGUUCCAUCAACUUCACAGUCAGGGUAUCUUCAUGAUGUCCAGUAGUCUCUUUCUAAGAUGCAGAUAUAUUUUCUCUUAUUCUGGAGAUCUGUGAACUGAAAGGACAAGUUAGUGGACACCACCAACCCUACAAACACAAGCACAUACACACAACGUAUAGUGGUAGAACGAGGACCUAAUCAUUGCAGUGAGCACUCCCAUUCAGAAGGGAGAAGAUUGGGAGACAGGUAGUGUCCGUGGCCAUAUAAAUCAUAAGAUCCCACUGGGAAGAGACUGUGAGAACCCAUUCCCUCAAUCAUUCUGCUCUUCAGCAAGGACUUCCUCAUUGACUAUGCUCCUGGUCUUGGUUCCACACUCCACAGAGAAGAGGGCAUUGGAGACCACGGCCUCCUUGAGGGCUGGCAACUUUCUCAGCCUGCUGCCUACCUGUGGUAGGCUGGGGGACUCCAGGACUGUCUUAAAUGGGGAACGGUCACUGUCCUUUGCUAUGUGAAGCUCGGGUUCCUCUGUCCUACAUUGGCUUUGGAUCUGGCGGAUAUGGCCAGAUGCCAUACCCACGUUUCUCUUGGAGUCUUUUCCAGUAAGCUUUAUUUCUUUAUUUCUUUAUUUUCUUGCCACCGACCACUGCCUCUGUCUCAACUUAAUUUUAGGUGGCUUCAACAGGAGAACCUACCUACCGCUAAACCUCUUUUCCCUAAACCAUCAUAUCUGAUCUUUCCAUGAUGUGUGAAUCUGUCCUCGAACAACCAGAAUACAGGUGAAAGUCAGUCGCUUCUUCCACUUUGGUCAUUGGAGUCUCCCACCACUGCCCUUCUGCUGCUACUGUAGCAGAGCUCUCAGGGGCUGUGGUCUCACAUCUUGCACUGGGGCACCAAUGGACCAUUUCCAGCAGGGAUGGUGCAGGGCUGACCCGGAUGCCUGACUGCACCCAUCACCUCCAGAGAGCUGCACACCUGGAAAGCAAAAACUGGGACCUGACGGCCGCUCUAAGCGACUAUGAGCAGCUCCGACAGGUGCACACAGCCAACCUGCCGCAGGUGUUCAAUGAAGGGAGGUGCCCCAAGCAGCCAGAGCGAGAGCAGCCCCAGGCCGGGCACAAGGUGGAGCGGCCCUGCCUGCACAGGCAGGACGACAUUGCCCAAGAAAAGCGGCUUUCCCGGGGGAUUUCCCACGCCAGCUCAGCCAUCGUCUCCUUGGCCCGGUCCCACGUGGCGAGCGAGUGCAACAACGAGCAGUUCCCCCUGGAGAUGCCAAUCUACACAUUCCAGCUGCCGGACCUGAGCGUGUACAGCGAGGACUUCAGGAGCUUCAUCGAGCGCGACUUGAUCGAGCAGGCAACCAUGGUGGCUUUGGAGCAGGCAGGUCGUCUGAACUGGUGGUCCACUGUGUGCACGAGCUGUAAGCGGCUUCUUCCCUUGGCCACGACAGGAGAUGGGAACUGCCUCCUGCAUGCCGCCUCGCUGGGGAUGUGGGGGUUUCACGACCGGGACCUGGUUUUGCGAAAAGCUCUCUACACCAUGAUGAGGACGGGGGCUGAGAGGGAAGCCCUGAAGCGGAGGUGGAGGUGGCAGCAGACGCAACAGAACAAGGAGUCCGGGCUGGUGUACACGGAGGAGGAGUGGGAGCGCGAGUGGACCGAGCUGCUGAAGCUGGCCUCCAGCGAGCCGCGCACGCACUUCAGCAAGAACGGCGGCACGGGCGGGGGCGUGGAUAACUCUGAAGACCCCGUGUACGAGAGCCUGGAGGAGUUCCACGUUUUCGUCCUCGCGCACAUACUAAGAAGACCGAUUGUCGUGGUGGCGGAUACGAUGUUGAGAGACUCAGGGGGGGAAGCGUUCGCACCCAUCCCCUUCGGGGGGAUUUACCUGCCCUUGGAGGUCCCUCCCAACAGAUGCCACUGCUCGCCUCUGGUUCUGGCCUACGAUCAAGCUCAUUUCUCUGCCCUGGUGUCCAUGGAGCAGAGAGACCAACAAAGAGAACAAGCCGUGAUCCCCCUGACGGAUUCCGAGCACAAGCUGCUGCCGCUGCACUUCGCAGUGGACCCGGGGAAGGACUGGGAGUGGGGGAAAGACGACAAGGACAACGCCCGGCUGGCCCACCUCAUCCUGUCUCUAGAAGCCAAGCUGAGCCUCCUGCACAGCUACAUGAAUGUGACGUGGAUCCGGAUCCCCUCUGAGACCCGGGCGCCCCUGGCGCAGCCAGAGUCCCCGACGGCCUCGGCGGGCGAGGACGUGCAGUCCCUGGCCGACUCGCUGGACUCGGACCGCGACUCGGUGUGCAGCAGCUCCAACAGCAAUAACGGCAAGAACGGUAAGGACAAGGACAAGGAGAAGCAGCGCAAGGACAAGGACAAGACGCGCGCGGACUCCGUGGCCAACAAGCUGGGCAGCUUCAGCAAGACGCUGGGCAGCAAACUCAAGAAGAACAUGGGCGGCCUGGGCGGCCUGGUGCACGGCAAGAUGGGCCGCGCCGGCUCGGCCAACGGCAAGCACGGCGACGCGCCCGAGCGCGCCAAGGAGAAGAAGGCCAAGGCGCGCAAGGGCAGCAAGGAGGAGUCGGGCGCGUCGGCCAGCACGUCGCCGUCCGAGAAGACCACGCCGUCGCCCACCGACAGGCCCGCGGGCGCGUCGCCGGCCGAGAAGGGCGGCGGGCCGCGCGGCGACGCCUGGAAGUACAGCACGGACGUGAAGUUGAGCCUCAACAUCCUGCGCGCCGCCAUGCAGGGCGAGCGCAAGUUCAUCUUCGCCGGCCUGCUGCUCACCAGCCACCGGCACCAGUUCCACGAGGAAAUGAUCGGCUACUACCUGACCAGCGCGCAGGAGCGCUUCAGCGCCGAGCAGGAGCAGCGGCGCCGCGACGCCGCCACCGCCGCCGCCGCGGCCGCGGCAGCCGCCGCCGCCUCGUCGUCCUCCUCCUCCACAGCCAAGCGGCCACCGCGCAGGCCGGACGCCGAGGGUGCGCCGGGCCCCGAGCGCGCCUCGCCGGGCCCGCCGGCCGGGCAGCCCACGCAGCUGGUGCUCAAGCUCAAGGAGCGCCCGAGCCCCGGGCCUGCGGCGGGCUCCAGGGCGGCGAGGGCGGCAGCGGGCGGCGCGGCCUCCCCGGGCCCCGGCGGCGCGCGACGCGCGGGCGCCAGCGGACCCGCCCCGGGCCGCAGCCCGCCAGCGCCGGCGCGCCAGAGCGUCAUCCACGUGCAGGCGGCGGGCGCCCGGGACGAGGCGUGCACGCCGGCCGUGGGCCCGCUGCGGCCUUGCGCCACGUACCCGCAGCAGAACCGCUCGCUGUCGUCGCAGACCUACAGCCCGGCCCGCGCCGCCGCGCUGCGCACGGUCAACACGGUGGAGUCGCUGGCGCGCACCGGGCCCGCGACCCUCCCGGGCGCCGCGGGGCCCGCGAGCGCGGCCGAGCCCAAGUCGCAGACCUACACCAACGGCUUCGGCGCGGCGCGCGACGGCCUGGAGUUCGCCGACGCCGACGCGCCGGCCGCGCGCUCGAACGGUGAGGGCGGCGGCGGGGGUCCCGGGCCGGCGCAGCGGCGCUGUCAGCGCGAGAACUGCGCCUUCUACGGGCGCGCCGAGACCGAGCACUACUGCUCCUACUGCUACCGCGAGGAGCUGCGGCGGCGGCGCGAGGCGCGCGCGGCCCGGCCCUGAGCGCGCGGCGCGCCCGCGCGCGGGUCCCUCUGCGCCCCGCCGGUGGCUCUCUCUCCUACGCGCCCUGGUCCGCCCGGAGGCCGGCGCCGCCUCCGUCAGUGCUGUGUACGUGUUUGGUCAAACGUUCUCAUGGUGCCUGAACCUACACUGACGCCACUCAGGUAGUAGACGGAUAGGAAACAAGUCAUACUGUCGGAAGUGGGUGUGCUGGCGUAGCCUCUGCCUCGUAACCGUGGAAACUCAAUAGCCAUUGCCAGAGUAUUUUUGUUCCUCGAAAAGAGAAAUAAAGAAAUUCGCAGCCCUUUGUUUUUAGAAGGGAGUGUUUUACAUGCCUUUUUUUUUUUUCUGGUUCUUUUUUUUUUUUUUAACCCUGACCCGGCGACUGACCUCUUCCAAGGAGCGGUCACUCGUGUGCGGUUGGCGGCGCCCAGGGUUUAAGAGCAAGCGCGCGGCCUGGGGCCGGGGUGCGGGCCCCCCACCACCGGCCUCCCGCGGCGCUUCGGGAAGACAGCGGCCCCGCGCGCCGGGCCAGCCGCGGGGAGCGGCCCCGGACGAACUACCUCGCGGGGCGCAGGGACGGGCAGCUCCGGGGACGCGAGCCUCCCACACACAGGGUCCGAACUCACGACUCGGGGUUGCCUGUGGCGGGGCAGCCCCCGCACAGAUCUGGGCACCAGAGCCUCCUGCAGCCGACAGUCGCCACCACGGCCAGGGAGGAGUCGGGCGGUGACCCCUUGGGGCCCCUUGCGGAGCCCCCACGAGGCUGCCCCUCUUUCCAAAGGGAAGGGGCGGAGGGAAGCCGGGAAGGAGCCCCCCCACACACACACACCCACCUGCACCUGUCUGGGUUCAGCCAGGUAGCGGGGCUCCAGGUGAUGGGGCCCUGCCCCUGGCUUCGGAACACAUGGAACGAGCAGCCAAAUCCCUGAACGGUCUCUUUUUUUGGUGCCUCCUAACAUUUCUUGAGGAAAUAAAUAAAUAACAAAAAUGUGUCCUUAGCUACCCUGUUCCGAGCAGCAAUAUGCAGCCUCUUGCUUCCAAGAUUACCUCUGGAGAACGCCGGUCCCGGCCAAGGACACCGAGGACCGCAACCCGCCUCACCAAGGGAAGCUGGGUAAGAAGGGUACAAAUCCUCACCGACAGAAGCAUCCUUUCAAACCUGCGAGAGCCUUAGCGCCGCCUCUGCGCGUCCCGGGGAAGACGGGGAAGGCGCCCGGCGCGGCGGAGUGCGCCCCUCUCCGCGGGAGCCGCGCACAGCGGCCCACAGCCCACGCGAAGAACGCGGGGAAGAGGAAAUGGGGAGGGGCCUUUAGGUUUUUUACCUGUUUGAAGAGUUACAAUAAAACAACUGAGUAUCUCCUGUCAUUCUUUUUGUUUUUCAUUAUUCCACAGCAUGUGGACUUUUGGAUAAUUUAUUCAAGUUUUGCACAUGUGGUUCCUCGAAUCGAAAUUAUUUAUGAAACAAACGCUUUAAGAAGUUAUUUUUUCCCCCAAGUUUUACUUUUCAUGCUGAAUGAUACUUUCAAGGUGUGAUCGUUCCCAGCACCCACAUACCUGGUCUGGCUGUGGUUGUAAAUGCUCCCGUUGAGGGCCUGUGGCAGCCCUCUGCUCUGAUUCUUCGGGUCUCCCGGCAGCUGCUUCGCUGCCAGCGCUGUGAGGCCGCAGGAAGCCCGCUCCGUAAAUGUGCAUCCAGACACCAAGCUCAGCACACAGGCAGGCAGGAAACAUAAAGUAAGGUUUUUUUUUUUAUUUUUUUUUUUUAUUAUAGUGUUAAAACAGCCAACAAGAAAUUUCCAAAACCAGCUAAGCAAAUCUUUUGUUUUUUCUCAUGCUCUCUGCCAGGUUCAAAAAAUAAAUAUAUGGGAACUGAGAAUAAAUGUGGUCUGUUGUCAUAAAGGGAAACCUUCCACAUGCAGAGUAAUCUUUUGUGUGAGUAUUUUUUUUUAACUCAUGACCUAUUCUGGCUCCUGGCAUCUCUAAGUCAGCUCCGCCCACCACCAUCUGUACCAUGAACAGGAGCCCGAGAUCAGUCCCUGGCCGGUCACCAGGCAGGCCAGCCACGCCGGGGCACCUGGCAGCUGGCACGUAACUCUGCCUCCAUGUCACUGAGAGCAGCCAUUUCCUUUGGUGAGGGAAGUGCACCUGGCCUUCCUCCAAACAGUAUUCACAGUGCCGGGGUGCAAGCACCAGCCCUGUGUGUGCUGGGCCUGUGACGGACAGCACGGCCAUGUCGUUCAGGAAGCUCUGGUCAGAGGCCCCAUGACCCCAUGACCUCAUGAGACAGGACUGCUAGAAACUGGGUCCAUGACUGUGGCCGCCCUGGCAGACCCCGCCUAUCCGAUCUGGCCCAGCUUCCCUGUGUGGGAAGCAGCCCUGUCUCUAAGUGACAACAAGUUUCCAGAAGGAUCCAGAUACUUCUAAACCCCUGUGGAGGUUCACAUUUCCUGCACAUGCAUCCACUAGGUAAAUGCUUUUUUAAAAUAAUAAUAAUAUACUGUUAAGGAAAGGUGUUUUCGUGUAUUCUGUUUGUAGAUUUUGUGCUGCAUUACGUUGAAAUUUUACAAGCCAAACUUAAUCUGUACAAAGAAAUUAU